AUGGGAUCCGGAGGCUCCACCUCGAAGAGCCAUGAAGUUCCUCCGUCCCCUCCGAAGGAGGGGACCGCAGGGCCCGCAGCAGCUGCGGCCCCCCAAGCAGCGCCAGCACCCAAGGCAGACGGAGAAACUUCGGCAAGCCAGGUGGUCGGAGGUGCUUGGACCAAGCCCAAGGGCCCCUCCCCAGAUGAUGAGAAGGUUGUCGCGGAAUGGAAGGCCGACGGCCGCCUCUUCGUCCUGGAGGGCGUGUGGUGUGCUGUGCCGUACAAGGUCACGGUGAUCAACACGGGGGGAGUGGAGGCCCCUGAGGCCACGGCGCAGAAGACGUUGGAUGACGUGGCCACUGAGGUUGAAAAAACCUUCAGCCACUUCAUAGAGGACAGUGAGGUGUCUGCCAUCAACAAGCUUGCCGCCGACACGGUCCAUGUGCCGUCUGAAGCCAUGAAGCAGGUCCUCAACAUAGUCUCCACCAUCAACCGCAUGACGCGGGGCGUCUUCGACCCUGCCAUCCUCCCCCUGACACAGCACUACAAGAAGAACCAGUGCCCGGCCUCCCCAGACCUGAUCGCCCGCAGCAAGUGGUCCUCCUUCAAGAUCACCGAUGAGGGGCUCAUGAAGACGAACGCUGAGGCGAUGAUGGACCUCUGCGGCUUGGCUAAGGGAUGGGCCAUCGACCAGAUGUCCCAGAAGCUCAAGGACGCGGGCUUCACGGCAAGCUACGUGGACUGGGGUGGCGACAUCAAGGUCACGGGCCAGCAUCCGACGGGACGCAACUGGACAGCGGCAGUCCUGGAGCCCUACCCAUUGGAUGGAAACUUAGUAGAGUAG